AUGGCUGAUUUUCUGGAGUCUGAAGCAGAGGAGAGCGAGGUGGAGUCUGAAGAGGAUGAACAGCCAGAACGCAAGAAAGUCAAGCGCAAGGCUGCUGUUCAAAGCGAUGAUGAAGAUGAAGACGAGGAAGAUGAUGAAGAGCGCCUACGCGAAGAACUUAAGGAUUUAAUAGAUGAUGCACCUAUAGAGGAAGAUUCAGAUGGAGAAGAUUCAGAUGCUAGUGCAGGACCAAAGAAAAGGAAGAAAAGUGAUGAUGAACUUGAUGAUAGAUUGGAAGAUGAAGAUUAUGAUCUUAUUGAAGAGAAUCUUGGUGUUAAAGUUGCCAGGAACAAAUUUAAGCGUUUGCGUCGAUUGGAAGAUGAUGACAGUGAUAAUGAGGGCAAUGAUGAUCCUGAGCUGGAGAGAGAGGUUAUAGCAGAAAAGCUCUUUGAAGGUGGCUCAGAUGACGAAGAUGAAAAUCGCUCCGAAUCUGCUGCUCCAAGAGGUGAGGCGCAAUAUGAUGAGGAAGGUGAGGACCUAGAGUCAGAUGCUGAUGACUUUAUUGUUGAUGAUGAUGGCAGACCAAUUGCUGAGCGCAAGAAGAAAAGAAAACCUAUAUUUACUGAUGCCUCCUUACAAGAGGGUCAGGACAUAUUUGGUGUCGACUUUGAUUAUGAUGAGUUCGAAAAAUAUGGUGAAGAAGACUAUGAGUCGGAGGAAGAAGAGGACCUUGAUGAGUAUAUAGAAGAUGAAGAGGAGGAAGGUGUUGAGAAGCGCAGGACUAAAAAGGGUAAAGCAAAACGGCCAAGUAAAAAGUCUAUAUUCGAAAUAUAUGAGCCUAGCGAGUUGAAGAGAAGCCAUUUCACAGAUUUGGAUAAUGAGAUACGUAAAACGGACAUACCCGAGCGCAUGCAAACUCGAGAGGUGCCUAUCACUCCCGUCGAGGAAGGCAGUACGGAACUAGAAGAUGAGGCUGAGUGGAUAUACAAGCAAGCCUUCCUUAAAUCGCCCGUGUCCAAGCCUGACGCUCAGGAGGCAAGAGAAAGAUCGCGCAGGGGCAAUAGUACUAUUACAAAGAUACGUCAAGCAUUAGACUUUAUGCGUAAUCAAACGCUGGAAGUGCCAUUCAUCGCCUUCUACCGCAAGGAAUAUGUGCAGCCUGAGCUUACCAUCAACGACCUCUGGAAGGUGUACAAGUACGACGCCAAGUGGUGUCAACUGAAGCAGCGCAAAGAAAACCUAUUGAAGCUGUUUGAAAACAUGCGCGAGUUCCAACUGGACAAGGUCAUGGUAGAUCCCGACGCGCCGAUUCCUGAGAAUAUGCGACUUAUCAGGGACGAGGAUAUUGAAAGGCUAAAGAACGUCCAGACCCCGGAAGAACUGCGGGACGUCCACACUCAUUUCCUACUGUAUUACUCGACUGAUUUACCAGAAAUGCAGAGGCUGCAGCGCUCUAAAGAAAAGAAAAAGGAACUGGAAGAUAAAAAGCGGAUAGCCCGCGAGGAGGCUGACAAGAACGGGGAAGACCCCGAGGAAGCGGCCGCCGCCGUCGGAGCAGCUGAGCCCGAUGCUGAAGAGCCCACUGAAGUCAAGUACGCCGUGCGAUCUGGGCCUUAUGAGCUGUGUAGGAAAGCUGGCAUUGAGCCGCUGGUGAAGAAAUUCGGUUUGACUCCUGAACAGUUCGCGGAGAACGUACGCGACAAUUAUCAGCGACAUGAAGUAGAACAACAACCUGUAGCGCCACUUGAAGCCGCCGCUGAGUAUGUGGGUUCAAUAGGCUCAGCAACAGAAGUGGUCCGUCGCGCUGUAUACAUGUGUGGGGUUCAGCUCGCCCGUGAGCCUUUGUUGCGAGCCACACUGAGGGACGCUCUGCGCGACCGCGCUACCAUCACGGUCAAACCCACACCGAGGGGCCUGAAGGAGAUAGACGAGAACCACGCGUGUUACAGUUUAAAGUACUUGAAGAAGAAGCCAGUUCGUGAUCUUUCUGGAGACCAGUUUCUCAAAUUGACUAUGGCGGCUGAAGAUAAGUUGUUAGAGCUCAGUAUCAGUGAACAAAUUGAGGGCAACACUAGUUCAAGUUAUUUGGAAGAACUCAAACAGCUAUAUCAAAAGGAUGAGUUCGCGGCUACAGUACAGGCUUGGAACGAGCUGAGAACCGAAGCGGUCACCAUAGCUCUGACUAAGAUUGUAAUGCCGGAGCUACGUAGAGAGUUACAUGCUGUGCUGCUGCAAGAAGCCAAGGAGUAUGUUCUAAAAUGUUGUCGUCGGCGUUUAUACGACUGGUUGAAAGUGGCGCCCUAUGAGUCCAGAGUGUCUGACGACGACGAUGACGAGUGGGACACAGCCAAUGGUCUGCGCGUGCUGUCGAUCGCGUACGUGCCGGACCGGCAGCACAGCGCGUUCGCGUGCCUCGUGGCCAGCGGCGGCGAGGUGGCGGACCACCUGCGCCUGCCGCACCUGCUCUACCGCAGGAACGCCUGGGACGCGCUCGAGCGCCAGAACAAGGAGUCCGACAUGACUGCACUCAGAAGAUUUAUUUUACGCAAGAAACCACAUGUCAUCGUAAUCGGUGGAGAGUCCCGGGAGGCGCUCAACGUGAAGGCAGACGUGUCAGACUGCGUUCAACAACUUGUAGAAGAUGAACAGUUCCCCAGGAUACCCAUAGAGAUCGCAGACAACCAUAUUAGUAAAAUAUACAGCAACAGUAUACGUGGACGGAAUGACUUCAGGGAAUAUCCAGAUAUACUCCGCCAAGCUAUAUGCCAGGCGCGCUUAUUACAAGACCCGUUGAUGGAGAUAUCACAACUAUGCGGGCCCGACGAGGAAAUAUUAUGCCUCAGGUACCAUCCACUCCAAGAUCAGAUAACCAAAGAAGAUCUACUUGAUGGCAUUGAACUCGAGUUCGUCAACAGAAUUAAUGAAGUAGGUGUUGACGUCAACGAAGCGGUUCUUACCGGACGAGGAACCGAAUUACUUCAGUUUGUGUGCGGGUUAGGUCCCAGAAAAGCCCAAGCAUUAAUCAAAUUAUUUAAACAAACAAAUCAAAAUUAG